AUGUCCUUUCGAUCCGCCUCUUACAUGGCAAGCCUUCGUCUGUUGAAGGUGGGGCUUGAUCCUGCUAGCUGCGAUGCAGUCAACGCGUUUCUCAAAAUCUUCAGGGGUCACGUUCGGCGUGCUCAGACAGCGUUCUCCCUACAUGCCGAUGAGGUAGCAAUUCUAGAAAGGCUCUUCUACAAGGGGAAAAACCAACAUCGUUCUUCUCUAUUCUGGCAACGAGUAUCUGAGAUGCGGCGGUACGGCCAUCGCCUUCAAGAAAUGCGCACAUGUGAUCUUUCAGAGGCCCUCCGCAUCUCAUUCUAUGGAGAGGAGGCGACCAUGAGUGCGAAGAUAUUGAAAGGGGCAUGGACGCAAUAUCCCAGCUCCUCACGUUUCAUGUAUACCUUGAAACAAUUGAGAACAUGCCACCAUCUCAUAGAGAAGAGUCGAGGUCGUCUGCACGACAUAUAUCACUUUUUCACAUUAAUUAUGCGAGAUAGGGCUUUCAUGCAGCUAACCCUCACCAUGGUUGCGAUCGCUUCACGUCUCGACCAAGUUCUAUCACAAGUUGAUAAUAUCGUUGAAUGUUUGCACGACGAGUGUCGUCAAGUCUUUCAAGUCCUUCACUCCAAACAAGCGCGCAGAAUGAAACCCCUGACCUCUUAUAGCAUCGGAAAUGCUGCACCCGACGUUAAAUCGACUACUCUAGCACUCAACGAACAGUUCCUCGAUGUUGGAGAAGACGAGGAUAUCGGGCAAUCGACCGAUCGCACCGCUACCCCAACACCCCGUUUCAGUGGCCGCAACAUGAGCCCAUUAGCAACUGUCGAAGACGCUGCCUAUGCCACCUUUCCCCAAUUGGGAUCUGUUUCAGAUCCUGGCCCCCAUUCUCUCGAUAUCAGCAUAGGGAACAUCAAUCGAACUGGUCAAUUCACAGCAUCAGCUGUGAACUCGGGUAUAAGUGUGAAAAAGAGGAAAACGCCCGAAGAUGACCAUAAACAUAAUCCAAAGUCAGCCCCAGUCAAGACAAAGAAAUCAAAGAAGAAAAGAGACGAGAUCGACGACAUAUUUGGUUGAAGUACGCUUCAAAUGCGCCUAGCGUUCAGAAUGGGUUAGCCAUUGAAUGUCUCUUGCCCCGCUGUUGGCGACUACGAACUGACUCCUAAAAAUGAAGGGGCUAUCUUACCUUUCAUAAGUUCCGCUGUCCUCUCGAGCGGGAGGCGGGGUGGGUCAGAGUUUAGGCUUUCGACUACAGCUAUUCUGACUUGCGUGAGCUACACAUGUAUGAAGACCAUCGUCAGUCUGUGCUCGUCGAUACGGAGGCUCAUCAACCUGAUUGAUACUACUGUCGAUCACGUGUUAUGUUCGUAUACAGCGUACGGGAGACAAGUAAGAGACAUGUACUGUACAUCAGUGUACAUUUUACAUAUAGGGUGAGACGUUGCGAUCAUUGGUUGGGCUUGACGAACACUAGAAAUUUGUGAUCGUCAUUUCA